AUGAAGUGGUUUAUGAUCCUCGGGUUGGUGGCUCUCUCAGAAUGCUUGGUCAAAAUCCCUCUGAUGAAGAUCAAAUCCAUUCGAGAAAACCUCCAGGAAAAUGACAUGCUGAAAGAUUAUCUUGAGAAAUAUCCUUCCGGACUGGCCUAUAAGUUUCUUGAUCAAUAUCAGGACAAUGGAAUAUCUUUGGAACCCAUGAGGAACUACCUGGAUCUGGCCUACAUUGGCAUCAUCACCAUUGGAACACCGCCUCAGGAAUUCAAGGUCAUCCUGGACACAGGCUCCACUGACUUGUGGGUGCCCUCCAUCUACUGUGCCAGCCAAGCCUGCACUAACCACAACAUCUUCAACCCUCUGCUGUCCUCCACAUUCCGGGUCUCAGGCCGGCCCAUCAGCAUCGGGCAAAUGUUGGGAUUUCUUGGCUAUGACAAGGUUAAGAUCGGGGACCUUGUAGACAUAGGCCAGGGGUUCGGCCUGAGUGUCAAGGAGCCCAGCAAGUUCACGAAAUACAAAGUCUUCGAUGGCAUCCUGGGACUGGGCUACCCCAGCCUUGGCGUUGAAGGAGCCACCCCUGUCUUUGACAACCUGUGGAACCAAGGCCUCCUUUCUCAGAACCUCUUUGCCUUCUACUUGAGCAGGAUCUCCCCUUGCUGUGAGGCUGAGACUGGCCCACAGGCUCCAGGGCCCUCCACCUUCAGCCCCAGCUCGGGUCCUGUGCUCCUUUUGAUUUUCCACUGCUGUUGA